AUGGCAACGAUGGUGGAUGUCCCUGUGUUCAAUAGGCUGGCUCCCUCUCUGCACAACGAGGUUGGGUUUCAUCUGAACAAUGACUUGGGAAAUGAUCGGUGGUCGAACGGCUCUGACCAGUGGGAGAUUCAUCUGCACGGGCCGCGAGUCACAAACUGGAGGCUAGGCCGAUACAUCGAGUUCCUCUUCUACGAAACAGACGACCAGGCUAAGCUAUUCCGUAGUAAAAUACGGCCAGACGUUGAGAAGUGGGUGGGGAAGGAGACCAAGGGGUGCCCGCCUUCCAUGAUCAAGACAAAGAUGAACGCGAUGGGAUGCCUUGCCAGAUGCGAGGCGAGGCUCUACGACAUCUCCAUCACACUGACCAAGGACUGGAUCAAGGAGGCUCGGGAUUUUCUGGAAGUGAAGCUGAAGGAGCUGAACAAAAAACAAGUCGCCUCCGCCCUUCCCGGCCCCGGCGCCACCUCGGGUGGCCCCGUCGCUUACCCCGGCGACCCCGACGCCGACCUUCCCGACCCGGCCCCGCCUCUGCUAGCCCCGUCGCUUGCCCCUGCGACCCCGGCUCCGCCCUUCCCGGCCCCGGCGCCACCUCGGCUGGCCCUGUCGCCUACCCCGGCGACCCCGACGCCGCUCUUCCCGACCCGGCCCCGCCUCUGCUGGCCCCGUCGCCUACCCCUGCAGCCCCAGCGCUGCCCUUCCCGGCCCCGGCGCCAUCUCUGCCGGCCCCGACGCCGCCCUUCCCGGCCCCGGCGCCGCCCUUCCCGGCCCCGGCGCCGCCUCUGCUGGCCCGUGCGCCGCCCGUCCCGGCCCGUAGCCGCCCGUCCCGGCCCGUCGCCACCUGUGCGCCGCCCGUCCUGGCCCCGCGCCGCCCGUCCCGGCCCUUCCCGGCCCGUGCGCCGCCCGUCCCGGCCCGUAGCCGCCCGUCCCGGCCCGUCGCCGCCCGUAGCCGCCCGUCCCGGCCCGUCGCCGCCCGUGCGCCGCCCGUCCCGGCCCCGCGCCGCCCGUCCCGGCACGUGCGCCGCCCGUCCUGGCCCGUAG